UUCCUUUUUCUUCUUCUCUGCCUUUCCCUUCCUUUCUCUUCUUCCUUCCUCUUUCCUCUCAUCAUGUUCUUCUUUUCUCCUUUUUAUCUCCCAUCUCCUUCGGUGGAAUAGGGUCCAAGAAGAGGGCCCGAGGUCGAGCCGGCGGCUUCCUCUCCCAUUCCCACUGCGGUGGGGCAGAUGAUCCCUGGCUGCGGCCACGGCUGAGCUCCCAGCGCCGGAUCCGCGGCCGAGGACCCCAGGUAAGCCCUUCUCCUUCCCUUCCUCUUCUUCUUCUUCUUUUAUUUUCUUUUUUUAUUUGAUCUAUCCUCCCGAAUGGAUUGGGAGGAGGAAAUGCAGGGAAAAGGGAAAACGAGGUGGUCGAGAGGCUUAGCUGGCUCCGGGGAUGAUCUGCGACGACCCUCUCCAGCGGCAUCGACGUGGGUUCAGGAAAUUCUAUCGCUGGAGGAAGGAGGAGGAAGACACACUGUAGGGGAUGAGAUGGGAUCGGGAAUUUCUCUCUCUCUCUCUCUCUCUCUCUCUCUCUCUCUCUCUCUCUCUCUCUCUCUCUCUUUAUAAGCUGAUUUAGAAACCGCCGCGAUGCUGGCGGCGGUCCACUCAGGAGGCCGCGGAGUUGCCGCGGCGUCUCCGCCCUCGUAACACACGAACGGAGGGCCCUGGGCUGAAGUCGGCUGGGCCUGCUGGCUUCAGCCCUUUUUGGAGGCCUAUUCUCACAGAAACAAGCAAAACCUUUAGGGAGCACUCAGCGGCCCCUGUUAUGGUUACAGUAGGGGCAGAUGAAUUAAGCUUACAUCCAGCUUAUGUUUCACUUCCAUGGAGCUGGCUUUGGCUUUGGCUUUGCCUUCAGCUUCUCCAGAACCAUCCUGAAGAAUGAGAGAGCCUAGAUUCACAGAAACAAGCCUGUGAAGUAGCAACCUAGAUGAAGGAAAAGAGAGAAGGAUGAUAGCUUCAGGGUUUUCGGACUCCACUUAACGAGCAGAAGGAAGAUCGCCCUUGGCUGACAUUGACAAGAAGAAAACAGAGGAGUCGGAAUCCUACUAGGAAGACUGGAUGCUGGUAUUCCAUCCCAACCGUCAAAUACUACAACUAGCCAGUUUCUCCGGCGGGCCGUUGUACCUUUACGCGUAUCUCGCCGAGUCUCCAACGGUCAUCCCAGUUAUCCUAGUCCGAAUCGAAGUCCUCCUUUUCCUUCUUAUAGAGAGAGAGAGAGAGUGCCGAGAGCAGCGAAGCAAUAAUCCUUCUCUCCCUGGGCUCAAGACCAACAAUCCUUGGCUUCUUGAAAGGCUCUCUUUCUUGAGCGUAGUUUCUGAUCUCCAGAAACCCUACGUGUUGAGAAGAUGGGUAAGAGGAAGACAAGGCCAAAGGUAGUUCCCAAGAAGCCCCAGCCUAAGCUGGACGUGAGCUUCACCUGCCCUUUCUGCAACCAUGACAAGAGCAUCGACUGCUCCAUGGACAUGAAACUGAAGACUGGGGAGGCUUACUGCAGGGCCUGCAAAGCAAUCUAUAUCACCUCCAUCAACCAUUUAACAGAGCCCAUCGAUAUAUAUAGUGAAUGGCUCGAUGAAUGCGAACGGGUCAACGGCAGUGAAGAUAACUCGAGAAAGAGGCCUCGCAUUGCUUAAGUUCACAUGGAGCACUUGUCAAUUAUUGAAACGACCCCUUCUUUGUUUGGUUGAUAAGCAUGUAUUUGUUUGAUACUUUCUUCCUGCUUGUCAUAAACUGGUAGAAGUGUUCGAGAUGUUCAAUUUGGAAUACAAAGUAGAAAAGAUAACAAUAAUUUAACUCAAGGAAAUUGAAUGUUGUUUCUGUUUGGAGUCCCAUAAUGUGACUGUGGAAAUAGUAAAGUAUGCUGAAUUGA